AUGGACAUUGAUCUCACAGUAAAGACGGUUGGAAAGCUGUCGGGCCACAGAGCGUGCGUGACGAAGAUUAUAUUUAGCAACGAUGAGAACCACAUCGUCAGCUCCAGUUUGGACAACACCGUUUGUCUCUGGAAUGUGAACAAGCAGCUGCACAUAAACACCUACAAAGAUGUUCACAAAAAGGGAAUAAACGAUAUCGCCCUGUUCAGGGACAAUACGAAAUUUUUCUCAGCAGGAAAUGACGCCCACGUUUACCUUUGGGACACCCUCUCGAACAAGGUUUUAAAUAGGCUCCACGUGAAUGACAAGGUUAACGCAAUCAGGCUGAGCCUGAACGAGAAGCUGCUCUUCUGCAGCCGAGGCAACUCGGUCAAUGCGUACGACUUUAGGGAGAGGGACUACAAGAAGAAGAACACCCCGUUGCAGGCCUUCAGUGACGCGAGGGACUCCAUCUCAGACAUCUUUCUGGACGAACACGAAAUCUACACGGGCAGCAUCGACAACUGGGUGCGGGUCUACGACCUGCGGAUGGGGAAGCUGCUCAGCUACGACAUGAAGUCCUCCGUCCUCAGCAUCGACGUGACGAGCGACCGGAACUACUUCUGCGUGAACGGCGUUGACAACAGCGUCAGGUUGGUGGAGAAGAACAGCGGAAGCCUCCUCGGGCUGUACAGAGGCGACUCGAACAACUCCCACCGCAGGAACAUCAAACUGGACAGCCGAAACAAGUUCAUCCUCUCCUGCACGCACCACAACGAUCUGCACAUCUACGACAUUGUUAAGAGCAACCUCAUUAACAACUGCACAUUCUACAGAAACGUUCUGUAUGAGCAAAAUCUUGACAUCUACAAACAAACCUUCUGCAAGGUACCCAUAGGGAGACCUACCUACUACGUAACCGUCAACAAGCACAUGGUGAAGGAGAGCUUCUACGUGGAGAAGGAGAAGUAUAACGCCGUGCUGGAAAAGUACAAACGGUAUGGGAAGAAGACACACGGUCCUUCUUCCUUCGACCGGGACUUCCAAAACGUAGACAAUAAGGUGGUUUGCGGGGAUGUGGACGGCACCAUCCACGUGAUGCAGCUGUACUACGGCUGA